AUGGAUAUGGAUUUGGAUUAUUUAGACACCUUGGGACUAGAGCAAGACAAAAUCAAGAUAUUUCUACAAACCAAAUUGAAUGAGGCUCUGAAUGAAAACGACAGACUUAAUAAAGCUAUAAAUGAAAGAAAACAUCACUUGGAAUCUGCUGUAAAGGGGCCAGAGAAGAAACCAAAGGUUACUAUUGAAUUACUUUGGAAAAAAGUAUUUGCAAAAAAGUUCUGUUUGGGAUACACUAUCAACAGUGCCAGCGAUGUAGUUACAAAUGAGUUAUGUGCCUUUUUCCACUGGAAUUGGAAAUCACCGUUUGAAUAUACAGUAUCAGUGUACACCAAAAACAAGCAUAUAUUUGAUAGAAAGAAUCACAGAAUGCAAGACUUGAAAUACAUCACAGUAGCCUUCAAUAUUCCUUCCUUCACGCAGAAUUCAGUGUGUGAAAUAAGUGGAAAAUUAUAUGUUGAUGAAGAAACUUCUGUGCCAUUCCCUAACAUAACAGUAGCAGUAUUUGAUAGGGUAGAUAAAAAUACAGUUCAAUGGACCGCAAAUGACAACAUUGAAUGUCUCUUAACUGCUAUGUCCUGUAGCAAAAGCUAUGAUGUUGUAUUUAUUUUACCUAAAAGUUGGACUGUGGAUAAUGCAUUUGAGAUUUAUUGUGAAUUAAAAAAAAUAAGUUUGGAAAUAGAAGAUAGGCUUUACUAUGUUGCAGAUAAAGUUUCUACAGUGUUUGAUAAUUCUGCAGUUGAGCUACAUAUCAGUGCUAAAUGUAAGACUCAUAUUCCUGGUGUUAUAUACUGUGUAAAUGAACUUGCUUUGGAGAUAAUGAUGCAUCAUUUCAUGACUAGUGUAAAAGGGUUCCAAAUUUAUUUGAAGGAUGUUUAUGAUAUUGUAUUUGUGGACUCUGACGAAGAAGGUGACUAUGAAGAAAAGUUUAAAAGUAGUGUAAAAAAGGAAAUAGAGGUAAGAACACAUCAUGGUGAUGAUGAUAAUCUAAUCAAUUUGGAACAGAAGGUUAACAGAUUGUAUUUAAUAGCUAAAGAAAGAGAAAUGGAAAUUUGA